AUGAAGACAGUAUCGCAGAGAUUGGUCCAGGUUUUUGAUGACAAGUUAGCUUGUGAGAAAGGAAAACCAAAGAUGUCUCUGUACCCAUCACUUGAGGAUAUGCAUGUGGACCACAUGCUCAAGGCUCAGAUGGAUCAAGUGAGGAGGAGUAGUGAGCAGCCAGCAGCACCACCACCAUAUCCAAUCCAUCCUCAGUCUGCACCAAUGCCUACUUCUUCAGAUGAGAGUCUUGCUGCAUUGUAUCCAACCCUGAAUGAAUUCAUGGGAUUGGAAUUGUCACCAGCAGUACUUCAGGCUCAUAUUCCUGAUUACACUGUGGAUGUUGCACCUUGUAGGGAAGUUGCUGUACCUGCCCCAGCUUCUAUUCAAAUGAUUGCUCCACUGUCAGGGGCUUCUGCUGGCCUCAUGCGAGCUCAAGUGUCUCAUGGUGUACGUGAGGUGGUCCUUUGCAAGAAUGACAAAGGAAAAGUUGGAUUGCGAGUGAGAGCCAUCAACAAGGGAAUUUUUGUGGUCAUUGUUGAAGCUAAUUCUCCAGCAGCUAUGGUUCGGCUCAGAUUUGGUGACCAAAUCCUUCAGAUUAAUGGAGCGAAUGUUGCUGGGUACUCCAUGGACAAGGUUCAUGAAAUUUUCAAGAAGACUGGGAAAAAUAACAUUCGUGUUGCUGUACGAGACAGGCCUUUUGAGAGAACCAUGACUCUUCAUAAAGACAGCAGUGGUCAUAUAGGGUUCCAGUUCACCAAUGGGAAGAUCAUAUCUAUUGUGAAGGAUUCUUCUGCUGCUCGCAAUGGUCUUUUGACUGAACACAACCUCCUGGAGGUGAAUGGGCAGAAUGUUGUAGGCCUCAAAGAUAAGGAAAUCACAAAGCUGAUUGAUGAAGGAGGCCAAAUUGUCACUAUCACCAUCAUGCCUUCUUUCCUCUUUGACCACAUGAUGAAGCAUAUGGCUUCAAGCUUGGUGAAGCAGGUGAUGGACCACACCAUUCCUGAUUUGUGAGGAAGUCAAGGAUGCUAAGGGAUCUCCUACUUUCCUAUUGAAGAUGAAAUUGCCCUAUCUUUAGGGCAUCCAUGGGUAUGUAAUUUUCAGUUAAUUUGUGUUGGCCUGAUGUGAUAUAUGCUGUGUCUCAAAAAAAAAAGUUGUCAAUUUAUUUUGUUUAAUAGUGUGCAAGUUCCAUGUUUUUCUCUACCUGGGAUUUCAGUUUCAGAUGAAUAAGAAAGGCUUUUGCCAAGUUAAAAAUAAAUUCACUUUGUUCUGCAAAUGCAUUAACUUCUCAAAGUUGAUCCAACAUGGCUGAGGGCAUAUGGCAGCCAGUUUCAGUGAUGACAUUGAUUUUUGCUGAGCUCCUGUGAUUGUGUGUUCUUAUGAUUGUUUCAAAAAGUUUAAAUUAAAGGAUAGCUUUGACUGCAAAAAAUAUAUCCUAGCAGUAUAAUGCAAGCCUCAUGUUUUUUGCACAUGAUAUCUGAAAGGAAUAGAGUCAGAAGCUUUAGACCUACAAAGCAAAGUAAUCAAUUAUUAAGACUGCAGCUAGAAUGCAGUUACAAAAUAAGGGGUAUAAAAAAUUAAUCUCCUCACUGAGACAGCCUGUUGUCUGUACUCAGUCAUGGCAGACAGGGCCGGAUUAAGGGGGGGGGGGCAAAGGGGGCAGUUGCCCCGGGCCCCACUCUUCCAGGGAGCCCCCGAAGGAAAUUAAAAACAUUAAGUUAAUAAAAAGUAUUGUAUUUGCGUAAAGUAGCAGGGGGGAGCCCUAGGAAUUCACUUGCCCUGGGCCUCACAAAUUCUUAAUCUGGCCCUGAUGGCAGAGCAUGCCAAAGGGUCUUGCCUACUGAGGAGUAGUGUGCAGAUUACUUGUUCACUAUGAUUUUAAUUCCUUCAAUGUUGAAAAAAAUAUUCCUUUUGAAACACUGGGUUAAAUUAGCAUCUUCCUCAUUUAUCUUGUAUGGGAAAGUAUGAGACUUGCUUCAUAUUAGAAGGAGAUAUUCAAAAAAGAACCUGCAUGCUCUUCUCUUUGAAACAUUGUCUUGAUGAUCACAUAAUUUUCUAUGCCUGUGUAAUAUCCCUUAUAUCUUUCACAUUGGAAACAUUAGUAAUCAAUUUUCCUUCUAUUGGCAACAUGUAUGACCAAUUUCCUUUUCUUCAUGACCAUUGGGCCCCAUUCAGGGUACUCAUUUGGGGUCUGGUACCCACAGUAUCUGAGUACCUCCUGUGAGAUUCAGUCAAUAUUUAAUUUUUAGCAUUUUGUUUUCAAGUGAAUGUUUAUGAAGACUCUUCUUCCUCAAACCACUACAAUAAUGGUGCUAAGUUUUCGGAUAGUAUUCAUGGAUCCUAUUUCUAAUUUUGCUACUUCAAAUGUCAGUCAAACCUAGUCUACAUCUGAAGUGAGAUUGUUAUUCUCUAGUCCAUGUUAUAGGCUCUGAAGUGCCAUGUGUUGCAAAGCUUUGGGAAUACUGUAGCUAUAUCAUACUGCACAAAUUUUUCUCAAUUCGUUGAUAUGCAUGAAAAAAAUGCAGACUAAUACAUAGCCAAAUAUGUUGCAAUACCACCACAUUCAAGCACAGAUCAUGCUUGUUUUAAGUGGUAUAUCUGUUUAUUCUGUGUUUUCUCAUUAGUGACAUAUUAAGUGAAAUUUCUUGAAGUGUGGAGAGAUUUCAACUUCUGUUGCACAUCUUCUUGUUAUGUGACUGUGAGUGCUUUAUCUGUAAUUGAUGGUGAUGCUGCUCCUUUUUUUCUCAUCUGCAUAUUUGCAAUUAUAUAUGGGCGUAUAGUAUCACAGUGCUUUUGUAUACCUUGUGAUUGCAGCUUUUCUGCAAUAAAAGCUUUCC